UGAUGUUUGUAUAUAAUUGUGUGUGUGUGGUGUGUGAUUUAAAUGAAAAAGGAAAUGAGAAAAAGAAAUUAUAAAAGAAGUGGGACCCACAUCACUUUUUAAGUGAAUUGUGAGACCAAAAUUGGUCUCUGCCUUUCUCUCUCUCUCCCGACAGACGCCUCUGCUUCUCCUUCUUGUCUUUUUUUUUUUUUUUUUUUUUUUUUUUUUUUUUUUUUUUUUUUUUUUUUUCAUUUCAAGCUUCCAUUGUUGAUUACUCCUUCAUCUUUUGUCGGAUUGAGGUGCCGUUUGAGGCAAAACGAAGCUUGUGUCGAGCUCUACACAUCCAUACCAACAAUUCCAGAUUUGGUGCACCCUUUGGACUUCGAAAUUUAGGACCCAUUUUCUAGGGUUUGCUCAUUUUUGAGCACGAUGUCACGGCGUGAGGAACCUAGAGAAGUUGGCCCUAGACCAACAAGGGGUGAUGUUGGUGAGAGCUCUAGCUCCAAUCCGGCGGAGCCAGUUGAUGAGAACAUGCUUCUUAGGGACUUGAUUCCCCCAAGAGCUGUUCCCUCAAGAAGAGAGAAUGUUGAAACACCCGUACCCGUAGAAGUGGGUGAAGGUUCUGUGGCACUGGAGUUUAAUCGUUUGUUGCAAAAUGUCGUGAGGGCAACGAUUGUUGCUCAGCCGCAGUUGGUACCACAACCUACAGUUCGAGUUGAGGAGACUCCAGCUCAGAAGCGUCUCAAGAUCAUUAAGGGGUUUUCUCAGCUGAUGCCGGUUAUGUUUGAGGGCGGUGCGGAUCCAAUGGUAGCCGACAACUACAUGGAUCAAGUCGAAACUCAGUUGACCUCAAUGGAUGUGACAGAGGAUCACUUGAAGAUCAUCCUAGCAACUUACAAGUUUGCUAUGGAUGCCAAGGUUUGGUGGAAGUCGAUCACUAACCAGUACAAGAUUGAAGAGAUGAGUUGGGACAAGUUCAAGGAACUGUUCUAUGAAAAGUACUUUCCGCUUUCCAAAAGAUGGGAGUUACAAGACCAGUUUCAUAAUCUUAUUUAUGGGAACAUGUCAGUGGCAGAGUAUGAGAACAAGUUCACCUCACUCUCCCGUUUUGCUCCAGAAGUGGUGAGAGAUGAAGCUAACAAGACUCGGAAGUUUGUAUCGGGUCUUAAUGAUCGAAUGAGGCCGUUGAUCACGGCACAGUUUAUUAAGGUUUACUCUGAAGCAGUGGAAAGGGCUUUGAUGCUAGAGGCUGACAAUAGAGAGAAGGAUGCAAGAAGAGAGCAAUUGAAGCAAAAGAGGGGUGCAGGGCCAUCCUCAGAGGGAUCUUCUUGGAAAAGGAACAGGGGCAGUCCAUCUCAGUUUCAGGGGCAACAGUUUACAAGAUCUGCUCCUACCACUCCUAUGCCAGCUAGAUCUGACAGGAGUGCAAUUGUUUGUUAUCAAUGUCAGCAGCCCGGACAUUACAAAGAGCAGGCACCAUUAGUGGCUGAGGGUCACAGCAGAGGCCGUCACAAUCGGCUACAGUUCAGUCAGCAGUCAGGUGUUCAGGUUGGCAGUCCUCAGGCACAGGUACCACAGGGACGUGUUUUUGCACUGGCACAGAAGAUGCAUCUUCUGGAUCGUCAGUCCUUCGAGGUUUUCUAA